AUGGAGGUGGCCACCACCAGAGGCUUCGCGACUCACCUCAGCCGCCACCGUCCUCCGCCGCAUCCCCUCCACCGCCACAAGGACGAGCUCAGCAAGCGGCGGAGGCUCACCGUUGGCGGCGGCCGACCCGGAGCGAGUCGAAUCAGCUGCUGCUGCUCCGACUCGGUGGUUCCGAUUCGGAGCAACGCCUCCUCGGAGGGGAAGAGGAAGACGUGCGACGAGUGGCGGUUCGAUUCCAAGAACCAGAGGCCUCACAGAGCUGGACUCAAAGCUGCUGCUGCAUUGCCCUUCACUUCUGCUCAAUCUCAAUUUGCGUCCAAGCAAAACAACAAGCCUCGCCGUCGGCCUCGCUGUGCUCCCGGAAACACCGGACCGCAAUCUCGUGAUACUCCGCCGAAAAGAGAUACUGGAAUUGCGAAUGAGAAGGACUGGGGCAUCAGCUUGUUGAAUGAGCACGUGAAGGAGUCAGGCACUAAUGAAGAUGGAAGUACUUGGUACCGAGAAAGCGGGGAGGAGCUGGGGGACACUGGAUACAGAUGUAGGUGGACAAGGAUGGGUGGUGCUUCGCAUGACUCGUCUUCCGAGUGGAGAGAAGAGUGGUGGGAGAAAAGUGACUGGACCGGAUACAAAGAGCUAGGUGUGGAGAAAUCUGGCAGAAAUGCCGAAGGGGAUUCAUGGUGGGAAACGUGGCAAGAGGUUCUCCAUCAAGAUGAAUGGAGUAACCUAGCAAGGAUUGAGAGAAGUGCACAGAAACGAGCAAAAUCAGGCACUGAAAAUGCUGGAUGGUCUGAGAAAUGGUGGGAGAAAUAUGAUGCCAAAGGCUGGACUGAGAAAGGAGCACACAAAUGGGGUAGACUUAAUGAACAGUCUUGGUGGGAGAAAUGGGGAGAGCACUAUGAUGGAAGGGGAUCUGUCCUCAAAUGGACAGAUAAAUGGGCAGAGACUGCACUUGGAACCAAAUGGGGAGACAAGUGGGAAGAGAAGUUCUUUGAGGGUAUAGGUUCACGACAAGGGGAAACAUGGCAUGUAACUUCCAAUGAUGAACGUUGGUCAAGGACAUGGGGAGAAGAACACAUAGGAAAUGGUAAAGUGCACAAAUAUGGGAAGAGCACAACAGGAGAAAGCUGGGAUAUUGUUGUGGAUGAGGAGACCUAUUACGAGGCUGUGCCGCAUUACGGAUGGGCGGAUGUUGUUGGCGAUUCUAGCCAGCUACUAUCAAUUAAACCUCGUCCAAAGCCGCCUGAGGGCUACCCAAAGUUUGACUUUACGAGACCAGCAACAGGAUUGGGUACACCUCUUCCAUCAACUAAACCACCACCUCCAGCAGACGAACCACCUCGAGAAGAUGAACCGCCAGAGGAAGUUUCUCCACAAUGAGAGGGUGGUUGAUGUUAGGUUGUUUAGAAUAUUACUCCAAGUCCAAUUACGCAGGUUGAAACUCUUGUCAUGUGGUGGCCUAAAUUUAUUUAUUCAUUCUUUGUCAUUAGUGUUUGAACUUCCAUUGUUUUAGUUCACUUGCAUAGAUGUUUGAUCUCGAAUCCUAAAACUGCUCCGGGACAUCAUUAAAUUGGAAAUAAACACAUUCAUUCAGUUGAUAUCUU